UCCGCAUAGCGUAUUAGACGAAUCAUUUAAUAGUAAAAGUGAAAAUGCUAACUAUAUCAAGUAUCUUAUUUCUACUGAAUUAAAUGUAAUUGUGCUAGGAAGACUUCGAGACGUAAAAAUAGAAUCAAUGCAUAAGCUCAUUGAACAAGACAGAAAGUAUACAUACGUACAGGAAGAGUUACAUAUCCAUCAACAAAGAAAAGAAGUAGCUAACCAGCAAUUACAGAGAGUAUGAAAUGUACGUGCCAUUUCGAAUAAACGGAUUAUUGGGACCACCAGAUCAUAAUUCUUGGACUACAGAGCUGCAACAUUACGUUGGUGAAUAUGAACAAUUUUACGAAAACAACUCCAAAGUGAAAUUAAAAACCGUAAACAAAGACAUCAGUUACUGCCGAAUUGCAGGAGUAAUAACUGUGCCCUGGAUAAUAUUUUCAAUUGAUAAAUUUGAAAUAGAAUACAUACCACAUGGUAGCAAUUCUAUAGAGUUCACUAUGACUAACGUCUCAAAAUAUUACCUAUACAUAACUAUAUUAACUUCAAAGAUAUCACCAAAUUUCUCUUUAAACUUAAACACAGAAAUCAAUGAUUCAGUUAUAAAUGAAUCUCAUAUUAAAUUUGAAUUGGAUCGAAAAAAAGAAGUAUUAUUAUCUUUAAAAUUCCAUCCAAAAAGUCACGGAAAAUUCGUUGCAACUGCAUUGUUAUUUCUAGAUAAACAAAUGACUAUACCUUACUAUAAUCUAACUUUCUUUGGGAAAAGACAGGCGCCUGUUAUGGUUCCUAGUACAACCCGCCUAAUCUUUCCACCAUGCUAUGUUGGAACGGAGAUCAAACGUAUUAUUACUGUCAAAAUGGAAGCUGAAUCUGACAUGGAUUCAUUUCGAUGUGUGUCUAAAGAAGAAUCAAACUUAUCCGUAAAAUUCAUUGACUUUGAAGUUGUAGGAGAACAGGAUGGUGCGCUUACAGUUUUAACAGUGGAAAUCAAAGUUUGCUGUCAAACUACUUACGCACGAAACAUAACUUUGAGUUUCCACCACGAAUGCGGUUCAGGCUGCGAAGUGGAAGUACACUUUUGUUAUACACAUUGCGCGUUAACCCUACACGCAAACUGUUUUGUGAAGCCUGCUGACAACCCUUAUCCCUAUUUUCCUUUAAGCUCUCAAAGUACACUUUAUGAAUACAUGGAACGAUGCUCAAUAUUUUUAGAGAAAUGGAUGUUUCAACAAGGAUUUCGCAGAGACUUGUAUCCUGUUAUUCCCGAUACUUUCCAUGCUAUAUCUUCUGCAAUUUCAUCACAACCUAGUGGCACUAAAACGAAAGGAAUCAACGUGUCGUUUUUAAAUUUUGUCCGACGGAUUGCAGGACCUUUAAUGAAACAUAUUCGCAAAAUUUCAAUCCACGGAGUAGACGAAUCUUUUAAAUGUGUUAAAGAAAUUCAUGAUACAUACAGAGAGAUUAUAAAUCUAUUAAAAUCCCGCGGUGCUGAUUUGUGGGUACUAAAAGCGAGAUUCCUGUUGAGCUACGAACAAUUUGUCAUAUACUCAGAAAAUGUUACUCCGAAAUGCAAUGCUGAUAUUUUAUUAACGCAAGAACUUUUAGAAAACAGUAAACUAUUCAAUCGCUUAAAUAAACAGAGUUGGAUUGAUUUUAUUUUGCAAAGUUACAAAGUUUUUGUUAUGGAUAGCUGUUUCUUUGAAUGUGUUUGUGUGAGUUCACAGCCUAGAGACAUAGUCAAGGUAAUUGUCGAUUGGUAUAACGAGCACAUAAUGAUACAACACAAUAAGUUGCGUGGGAAAGACAAACCCGUGAAAGUUCUUACAAACAUCACAACGGAUUUGUCGGAUGGCAUUGCUAUAGCAUCUACAAUUCUAAAUUAUUGCCCUUUUAUGGAGGAACAUUUCUCAAUAUUUUGUGAAGUGGACCAGGACGCUAAAGAAGGAGCGAUCAUCAACAAUGCGUGCCUAAUCAUUGAAGCGAUGAAUCAACUACGAUUAUAUUUUCCCCUUGUGAGCAAAGAUUUUUUACGUCCGAAUUUUUUACAAAUGUUAUUUCUAUCUAUACACCUUUAUGUCACGCUACCAAUGUUUAAACCGAAAGAUACCAUAAAACUUAACCCUCCUUUAUUGCGAAGUUCCACACGCCAAGUUUCUAUAUGUCCGUCGAGUCAAGAAUCAUUGAUAUUUAAUUACAUGAUCCUAAUUAAUAACGGAAAUAAUUUUAUAGUUGAAAAAUCUACAUCUGGUGAUAACGGAAAGAAAAUGUUUUUGAGCGUAAAAUACAUAGCUAAUUUUGUUUCUGAAGAAAGUUGUAUCCUUUCUUUGUACACGGAUACAACAAAACAAGGAUUUUCGAUACAUACAUUGUCUUUUUCUUCUCCCGCGGACAAGUCGGCGUAUUAA